AGUAAAAAAUGUCAGUGAGACAAAACAUCAAACACCUCAUAAACGCUUUCCCCUCUACCGGCCGCCAUUUCUCCCACCACCUAAACCGCCGCCCACAGCCACCAACGCCGAAGCAGGACCCAUACGCCCUACUCAAAGAGGAUCCAGUCCAAGUUCUAUCAGACCUCUGGGUCAAAUCAUUCUCCCAAACGAAAAAGCCAUUCCAAAACCUCACCGGCUUCCUCACAAAACUCGAUCUCUGGGUCCUCGCCUAUCAGCGCGCCUGCGCUCACGCAACUGGCUCCUACCCUCCCAAAAACGCAAUUCCCUCCCACACGCUCUCCAGCCUCGUCUCCCUCCGGGAUGCCGUCGUUCACAGCCAAUUCCGAUGGAAUUCGAAGCUCGAGCAGCUCAUCCGCAGCCCCAAGGAGAAGCCAAUUGCAUUACUCUCGAGACGGAGAAUUGAAUCCAUAUUGAGCUCCGGCGAUCCCCCGUUUCAGGACCGGGUGGUUCAGGAGGUGCUGUUGAUGAUUCUGGAACCUGUUUUCGAGCCGCGAUUUUCUGCGAAAUCCCACGCUUUCCGUCCAGGUAGGAACCCUCACACUGUUAUUCGAACAAUCAGGAGUAAUUUUGCUGGCUACUUGUGGUUUAUUCGAGGCGAUUUAAGUGAGAUUUUUAGUAAUGUAAAUCCUAGUGUUGUAUUGGGAUGUGUUGGAGAAUCUGUGAAAGAUAAGAAGGUAUUGAGCUUGAUUAAAUCUGGAAUGAGAGAGGUGGGGAAAAAUCACAAGCAAUUGGAAGAUGAGGGCAAGAAUGUGAGUAGAAAGAAAAGAAAGAAGGGGCAGACGAGGAAGAGGAUAUUGAACGAUGACGAGCCUAAGCCCGACCCUUAUUGGUUGAGGGCGUUUUACGAUUUCUCUCCGGAGGAAGCUGCUGAGGUGCCUAGUUAUGGUUAUUGUGGAAUUUUGAGCCCUCUGCUGAUGAAUGUUUGUUUGAAUGAGCUUGAUUAUAUGAUGGAAAAUAAGAUAGUCGAGUUUUUUAAGCCCUCUGAGACUGAUUCGAUAUGGAAGUAUUCGAUAAAUGAUGGCUGUCAUAACCCUUCUUGGCCGGAGUUUGUACCCUCGAGUGGCAAGAAGAAGACUCGGAAAAUGGAUUAUAUUAGGUAUGCAGGUCAUUUUCUAAUUGGGAUAAGGGGCCCUAGAGAGGAAGCUGUAGUAAUAAGGAAGGAAAUAAUCGAGUUUUGUGACAGGACAUUUGGGAUCAGGCUGGACAAUUCAAAAGUGGAAAUUGAGCAUAUAUCAAGGGGGAUUCAAUUUCUUGAUCAUAUUAUAUGCCGUAGAGUUAUAUAUCCAACUCUUCGUUACACUGGAAGUGGUGGGAACAUUGUGAAUGAGAAAGGUGUUGGGACUUUGCUUUCGGUUACAGCUAGCCUCCAACAAUGUAUACGCCAGUUCAGGCGGCUUGCUUUUUUGAAGGGUGAUAAGGACCCCGAGCCACUGCCUUGCACGCCUAUGCUGUAUUCGGGCCAAGCACACACCAAUUCCCAAAUGAAUAAGUUACUGGAGACCAUGGCUGAUUGGUACAGAUACGCGGAUAACAGGAAGAAAAUUAUUGGGUUUUGUGCCUAUGUCAUCCGAAGCUCUCUGGCUAAGUUAUAUGCUGCAAGGUAUCGAUUGAAAUCCCGUGCUAAGGUGUAUAAGAUUGCUGCACGAGACCUUAGCCGUCCACUGAGGGAAAGUACUAACAACUCUGCCCCAGAGUACUCUGACCUCUUGCGAAUGGGACUUGUUGACGCCAUUGAAGGCGUUCAAUUUUCUCACAUGUCGUUGAUCCCAUCUUGUGAUUAUACUCCUUUCCCUAGGAAUUGGGUUCCUGAUCAUGAGAAGUUGUUCCAGGAGUAUAUCAGAUUACAAGAUGCAAAGUUUUUCUGUGAACUCAACAAAUCAGUUAAACAACAAGGUUUAUGUUUGCCUCAAGACAGGAUAUCUGAGAUCGUGUGGGACUACAAAGUCCUUGGGUGUUAUAGUGACCGGUUUAGAAAUGAUAAAGGGACAGAAAAUAUGCCAUAGUGGGUAUCUUGAACAACAUAAGUUUCUGUUUGGAUUGGACUGCCUUUGACAAAGAGAUGCUCUUGUUCUCAUCUUCGGGUUCAAAGGCAGAGAUCGGCUGGUCACGCGACAAACCAAGUGUAGUGGUAAAUUUGACUGUGUCGUCGGAGGUGACCCCAACGUGUACAUCGCUGACUGUAGCCGUGAUGAAGAACUGCUUCGCUUGGAGUCCUGUGAUAUUCGUCAAGUGAGAUUGAUCGAUGCAGGAUGUGAUCUGCGAAUCAUAUAUCAUACUCCCUAGGCCCGGGAAGUAGUGUUCCGUUUUCUCCUUCUGCUUCAACCAGAAGAACCCCGUGGAUCGGUUCAGACCAACCUCCUCGACCUCACCGACACGGAACACACCUUUCGGCACCGAGAAUUCCUCCAAGAGCUUCCCAAGGUUCUCCUUGCAUGCCUCUCCCUGGUAAAUCUCAGCUCCUUUGCUCUGAGUUUCUAUAAUUGAAGGUGUUUCCAUGUUUUUGAGACCUUCCUAAUUUGGAGUCCCCUUUUUCUCAGUAGCAUUUAUAUAGUAGUACAUGAUUAUGGGGGUAUGAUUAAUCAGUAUGAAAGAUUUGUGGAUUAUAGCAAUUCUUAUUUGUGAUAGUCAAACUCGGCAGCUGACUCACCAACCUUUCUUGACCAAACAGUCUCACUCCAUUGUUAGUCAAAAAUAAAGGCAGCCUCCUCACUCCGGCAUGUAGUCUUUAACAAAUAAAUUAGCCGCCUACCCAAUUUUUUUUGCCUAUAUAAACACACACACACACACACACUCCAUAUCAGGAGUUUUUGUAGGUGUGUUCAAGAAGUGAGAAAAUAAGGAGAGAGGAUGAAAUAGAGUUUGAGAGAAAAGCAUAGCUUGAAGCUUUAAGGGAAAAAUUGCCUUAACUCCACAACAACUUCCAAUUGAUGGCAGGCUGUAUCAUUGAUUAGUUUUGUGCAGUUUCAUUACCUUCAUUUAAGGGUUUUAGUUAUUUUAAGAAUUUAGGGUGGCUGAACCACUUAAUUUAGUUAAUAGGGCAAUGGUUGUAUGCUAAAUAAAUUUUCCUUUACUAUUUCAAGGCAUUUUUAGGUGAUAGAAUAGAUACACGAAUACUAAUAUUGGCUAAAAUUUUCUUUA